AUGGAAGUCGCUGGUAGGAAGUUGGAAACAGAAGAAGGAACUUUAAGCGAUGUGUUUUGUGAACCAUGUCAGGUAGAAAAUAAGAAAACUGAAGCAAAUGGAGCAUGUCGGGAAUGUAAAGAGUACAUGUGUACCACAUGCUUCCGGCAUCACCUUAAAGCUAAACAUUGUAGAAAUCAUGUGUUACUUUCAUCAGUCGCUUCAAUGUCGCUGGAAAGCAGUACAGAAGACGCGGAAAAAUGCGAGAAACACGAUAAUGAACCCAUAAAAUUCUACUGUCGUACACAUGAAAUCGUAGGCUGUGGCGACUGUAUAGUGCUAGGACAUGCAAAUUGUAAGCCAGAAUAUAUCAAAGACCUAGCGAAAACGUUCAAAAAUGGAGACGAAUUCAAAAACGUAAUGGAGAAACUAAAAAUAUUUGAAACGCAUGAGAAGGAAAGUGGGGAGACAAUUAAAAAGAAUAAGGACGAAGCUCUAUCAAUGUAUGACAGAGCUUUGAAGGAAAUUCGGCAAUUCAGAUCAGAUAUAAAUAUCUAUCUGGACAAAGCAGAAGCAAAUAUCUUAUCUGAGGUAGAAAAGCUAGCUACGGAAAAUACAAAAAUGCAGAGAAAGCUCGAGCAAGACGUAAAGGUGUUGACAUCAGAAAUCGAGGAAGUAAAACAAAAGCUUAACACGCAGCUGUAUCAUGGGAAUUCAUUGUUUAUCAAUGCAAUUAGGUGCAAGUCUAAAUUCGAUGACAUUGAAAAGAUGCAUGCGAAAAUAAAGCAAGAACAUAGCGUGAAAAGGUUUCAGUUUAAUCGUGACGAGAAUAUCUCUGGAAUAUUACAAGCUGCACAACAAUUGGGGAAACUGAGGGUUGAUUCCGGUCUCGAUGGAAAACCGAAAUCAAAGGACUUUGUGACAGGUGUACGUGUACGUCGAGGUCCUGAUUGGAAAAGUAGAAUAUAUGGAAAUCAGGUUAGAUAUUUGUAA